UAACAAAACCCGACUAACCCAGCUCCUGAUCAAUUUCUGCGUGAUUGUGUACAUGGAUGAUAUUUUGGUCUUUUCAAAAACACGUGGGUACCACGUGGAACAUAUUGAGUGGGUUUUGCAUGCACUAAAAGAUGCGGGGUUCAAAGUGGCCUUGGAGAAAAGCGAGUUCUUCUUGUCGGAGAUCUCACUCUUGGGGUACAUCGUCACGGUCGAUGGACUAAAACCGGAUCCGAGGAAGGUGGCAGCAGUUCAAGAAGCCCCGGCGCCGGUCACACUCACCCAGGUUCGGGCUUUUCUAGGGCUGGCACCCUAUUACCGACGCUUCAUCACGGGGUUCGCCGGUGUAGCGAAGCCCCUAACGAACCUGCUGAAGAAAGAGGAGCAGCUGAUCUGGACGCUGGAAUCUGAAGCGGCGUUUCAGGCGUUGAAGGAGGCUCUGACAUCUGCUCCUGUGUUGGAGCGUCUCGACCCGACAAGACCGUUCGCACUGUACACCGACUGGCAGUCGCAGGCGAUAUCGGCGGUGCUGACUCAGCACGGGGCGGACGGAACGGAACACGUCAUUGAGUAUGCAUCCAAGACGCUGAGCCAGGCGCAGGCUAAUUACGAAGCGUGCAAAGGCGAAUGUCUGGCGGUGGUGUGGGGGAUUCAGCAUUUCCGACCGUAUCUUUACGGCCAGAAAUUCGUGUUGGUAACGGGUCAUCAGCCGUUGCUGUCCCUACGCAACAACGCGGACUACACGGGGACGCUGGGAAGGUGGGCGGUGCGUCUGCAGGACUAUGACUUCGACAUCCGUCAUCGUGCCACGCGGCAGCAUGACAACGCCGAUGGAUUGACGCGCCUCCUGCCGCCCAACAAGAGUCCCGCCAACGAGCGACUCAUUCCGUGGAGGCCAGAAGCCGCGGCGACGAAACCGCGCUACGGGGAGCUACACGUGCUGUACCGAAGUGAAAAGACGUGGGUCUGUCCCAACUGCAGAACGGACCAGGUCCCUACCGAGAAACGGUAUCUGGACGCACAAACCGCCGACGGAUUCGCGCCACGUGCCCGUCGGGCAGAAGUCUGGACGGACCUUCUGUUGCUACAGAGGCUGACAGGCGACUCGCUGUCAGAACUUACCAAAGCCGAGCGGCGGAGAGUCACGGUGCGGGCGCAAGACUAUCGCUGGCAGGGACCGACGUUACAAAAACGAAAAGUCGAUAAUGACGGAGGGACUAGCUGGUUGACGGUUCCGCACCCUUUCGCUAGGUUCGAUUGGACACGAGCCGCUCAUGAAGAGGAUGCGGUCCAUUUCGCGGUCAAGUACACGGAAAAAGCCAUCGAAAAGAAUGGAUGGUACUGGUCAGGAAUUCGGGAAGAUGUGAAAUACAUCAUCCAGAAUUGCCCGGCCUGCACGGCGGACAAGGCGCCGGUACAGAUGCCUCGAACGAUGGUGCCUACUCGUGUAGAGCGCCCCUUUCAGAGGGUUAGCAUCGACACGACGGAUAUCAACGUUCCGAGAGGUCCCGUCGAUCAGGGAGAGCUCAAUGUUCUUGUAGUGGCUGUCGAUCAUUUUUCGAAAUGGAUCGAGGCGUACCUUAUGACCAGCCGGAAUUCGCAGGAGGUAGCCUGGUACGUAAACCGAUUUUUGUGCAUGCAUCUAGACGUAGAAGAGGUACACAUGGACAAUGGGUCAGAAUUUCAAGGAGAAGUAGAACGUCACCUGGUCAGGGCGGAUGUUAAGAUUAUCUACUCGCCGGGGCAUUGGCCUCAAGCCAAUGGCCUGGUAGAGAAUGCCAACCGACUGAUUAAGACCGCUCUUAGACGGAAUAUCACUGCGGGAGAUACCCGGCCCUGGCCUGUCAUUGUCGACCACAUUUUGGCCGUCUAUCAGGCUACCCCACUUGGUAGUACUGGGGUGUCCCCCUUCCAACUGAGAACCAAUAGUGUCCCUCGGGUGCAAUUGUCCCCCUUGGUAGGUACGAAAGUUAGAGCAACACGGGCCCAGCACAGAGAUAAGUCCCGCCACUACAUGGACUUAAUGGCWAGGGCCUAUCCCCCGUUAGCUCGCCGGCGACAGCGGGCCGUAGAUCGGACGCAUCAACGGCAGAUCCGCGAUUAUGAGAACCGACAUGCGUCCACUGGACCACUCCGUCGCUAUAAAAUUGGGGACUCAGUACAGGUACGGAAAUCCGCACGCUCCUCCAAGUUCCACCCGCGCUACACAGACAUUUACGAGGUAACGGAAGUUGGCGUACAGGGACAGCACUCCGUGAAGCUGAUUCCCCGUCACAACUCCCAGGCCCGACCGCUGACACUGCACGUUGCUGCGCUCCGGCCCUUCCAGCCAUCGCUAGGCCCCACACGGACCCCGCUCCUACGAGAUCAUCCUCUUCUUCUUCGUCUUCCUCCUCUUCCCGAUCGGCCUCGUCCAUCGGUGUUGAGAGUUUCAGGGAGCAGGAUGAACCAUCGCCAGCCGGAGCAUGAGCCCCUCGAGCAUUUCCAGACGCCGCUUGCAGAUCGCUUGUUGCAGCAUCAGUUCAAUGAGGAAAGGCAGUUGCGGUACGACAUUCAGCAGGUGAACGUGCCAGCGCCCGGGGUUGCUGAUCUGACGGCGUACUCGUUACUUUGUGAUCGACUGACGUAUGCGGGGUACAAAGACAUGUGGGAGUUGCAUCGUGCGCUGUACAAGUCGGUGGCAUUGGGGAUGUUCCGAUUCUUCAUGGAUCACAAAGACCACUGCAUCGGGGAGCACUUCGUCGUCUACUACGUCAUCACACGACCCAAGCCGGCGCAGAAGGAGGGGACGGUGGCGCUUUACCCAUUCGCCCAGCUCCAGACAAUUGAUCCGAGAUUGUUGGAGCUCAUACAUCUUGAGCUCCUCUCCAUUGCGCAAGUGAUCGCGAGCGAGGAAGAGGAGAUCCAGCCACGAUUGCGGACGGCGACAGCCCCGCGGAGAACGUACAACGCGGUCGUCAUCCCGGAUUACAUUGCGCAGCGCGCAGAGAGGUUGGAGGGCUUCCCGGAGGAAAAGUCGUUGAGGCCUCCCUCGUCGUAUCCCCGACCGGCGCCACCCAAGGCCCCCAAGAAGACGCCGAAGAGGAAGAGACGCCACCCGUCGCCAGGAGCGCAAGGCAGCAGAAUCGGUGGCGGCGAGGAGGUGAUUCAGCCCGCGGGUACGCGGAAUCUUGACCCCGCGCCUGGGAGUGUGGCGACACUCGUUAAGGCGAUUGUCGUGCCAUCGCCGCCCUUCCCCCGCGUGCCCGAUCUCAAUCUUGAUGGAGUCGGGCCAUCAGCAGCAGCAGCAGCCGGAGGAGGAAGCCGAAUAGGAAUACCGGAUCCCAUAUCCAGACCCCCUGUCCUCGCGGGACCUCUCCGCUUCCGCCAGCCGCCCGGGGAGGUGAAUUUCAUGGUGGAGCCCACCACCAUCAGGCUCGAGGCCAUCGCGGGGGCGCCGCGCCCUGAUCCGGCGUGGGAGCCAUAUCUGACACCCCCUUUUCAAGGGUGUAUUGCGGCGGGACUGGCUGGGACGCUCAUCUACGAGAUCGGGCAGCGUCCUAAUGUGAUGUACCACUUCCUUGUCUUCGCGGCGCAGAAGCGGGAGCGGCGGCCUUACACCGAGACUCGUGCGGUGAUAACGUGUCCAGGGCCCCGAUCGGUGCGCAAGCGGGUGGUGCGAGUGGUGGCGGAUCUGGCGCCACGUGUCCUGUCUCAUGUGUCGGGGGCCUUCCUCUAUUCCUCGUUCAUCCAGCACCACUUCCAGGAGGAAGAUGCGUCGACGACUCCCGCGGCAAUGGCCGCUUUUCUUCCACCUAUUCCGCCCCCUCUCAAUCCCGACAUCGAUCACUUCCUCUGAUCACCCUCGUCUACCUCUCCCCGCUUCUCUCCUUCUCCUUCUCUUCAUCAUCUUCUUCUCCUAUGCCCAAAGUUCGCGCGUCG